AUGAACGGUUUUAUUGUUUUACUCUUUGCUUUGGGUGCUAUAUACCCAUCAGCAACCGUACUGGCACAACCAGCUCUAGUUCGAGUAGUUCGACAGGAAAACCAACUGCCUGAAGAUGUUGGCUCUCCUGAGCAGCAAGAUCAAUCCGUUCAAUCCGUACAAUCGAUACAAUCAAUUAGAGAAAUAAAGCAACAAGAAACUACAGCUGAAGGUAGUCCCGACACUGCCACUCCGGAAGCACAAACACCCAUCGAACAGGAUACGUCUACUGCGCCUGCGCAAUUUGGCCAACUACAGGACGCAACAACUGCACCGUCCAAUCCUACCGAUGCUCCGGAAGGUCCGAAUUCUGAGAAUCCAAAUCCAAACAAUCCCUCGCCAACUUCGGCUCCAUCCCCACCGGUUCCAGUAGUGCUUAACAUGAACGUAAUAGUACUCGGGGAAGGGUCGGAUGCUUUGGGUACCAAUUGUCAGACGGAAAUAUCGCAACAAAAGAGCCCUAUCUUCCAGAUGCAGAGUGCGCUUCGUAGCAAGAAACGCAAAUCGAAGAAAAAGAAUCGUCGCAUUGAUCCAAUUCAGAUAAGACUUCCAUUGCUGGUGACGGAACCAGUGACGCAACCAACCUUGUGGGAUGAUGAGGAUUACGUAGGGUUUGGUAGAAGCAGACAGAGUUUCGGAAAGGGUGAUUGUCUGUUUUGCUGA